UCCACUCCGACCGGUUGGAGAUCAGAUCGGAGAGAAUAGGGCACGGCGGACAUGUUGCCGUUGGGUGGCGGCCAGACACGCAGCAGCAACAGUUGUGACGAUGUCUGAGCUGAGAUGAGACGGGAGCGGGGGAGCGAAUAUCGCGGCGCUGCUGAGGCGCGACCGCGUUGCUCGUCGCCGGGGACGCUGCCGCGUGCGUGUCAUCCUGGGAUCUCUGCGUCAUUCAGCGGUCGUGUCGAGGUUUGUCUGGAAGGGGAGCUGGAUGCAGACGCCCGGGCCGGCCGAUGAUCCGCUCAGCGGGGGGGCGAGCUGUCGCAUCUGUACAGAGUCGUAGCUGACGAGCCUGCGGAGGGGAAAGGCGGACGGGCGGGCCGAGAGGCAGACAGGAGCGAGGGGAGGGGGCGACCCUUUGCGGAUCGAGCCGAGCCCCGCCGUUUGUCGGAUGGGGGGCAAGCAGAGCACGGCGGGGCGGUCCCGGGCUGCUUUUCCCAGUGUUUCCACGGAUGACAGCGCGGUGCCACCGUCGGCCCGCUUCGCCCACUACCGCUCGAGCGGCACCAUGGGCCCGCGGAGCCGCUCGGUGAGCUCCGUGGCCGCGAUGGGCAUCGAGCAAAGUCCCGCGGCACCCUUCGGAUUUUACACCCCCAGAGGCACGGAGUCGGAUCCGGCUGGAGGAGGGUCAGGGGGCGCUCCCGCCGCCUCUCACCGAACCGGCUACCGGGACAGUGGCGGCGGACGGCAUCGCACAGACGGGGUGCUCUACCUGGGGUCCCGGGGGUCGCUGGCCGACACCUUACCCCUGCACAUCGCUCCCCGCUGGUUCGGCGCUCACAGCGGAUUCAAGUGUCCUGUCUGCUCCAAAUCCGUGGCGUCCAGUGAAAUGGAAGUUCACUUCAUCAUGUGUCUCAGCAAGCCUCGACUCUCAUACAAUGAUGAUGUGUUGGCGAGGGACGCUGGCGAAUGCGUGAUCUGUCUUGAGGAACUGCAGCAAGGAGACACCAUAGCCAGGCUGCCGUGCCUCUGUAUCUACCACAAAAGCUGUAUAGACUCGUGGUUCGAGAUCAACCGGUCCUGCCCCGAACACCCUUCAGAUUGACUGACCACAGGUCCACUGACAAUACUGUUCAAGGUCAUCCCAGGGAUAUCUGGACACAGGUGCAACCAAAUCAGAAGAAACCAUCAAAAUAUGUAUAUCAAAAUCAAUAUAUUACCCUUAGAAGAUAACUACUUGAAAUGAAAACCAACCAAAAUAUUUGCCAUUUGCUCAUCAUGAGACCUUCCUUUCUGCCAGAGACCUAACAUCUGCUAACAGACUGAAGACAACCCUCACAGUCCUUCAAAGGGCUUCACCUGCCUCAUCUCCCUCCGCAAACGUGUGCGGCCAGUUGCCUCCAUCACAUUUUCAGGUCCUCCUUCUUGUCAGGAUCGAGGUCUGCCAGUAAUUUGUCUCCAGCCCUCCCCAUGGCCUUAACUUGGGAACGGAGAGGAAACAGACUGACAAAAAAGGCAACUGAGUACGAAGGAGGCAGAAAUCAAAUCACACCAGGAAGAGGGAACAGGAGCCUAAGGAAAACCAGUUUGAAUCAACAAGAACAGAGUAACUUGUACAAUAUUCAGUGUGGGCCACUUGGUUGUCAACUCCUCAAUGACAUCAUAACAUUCGGGGCAUAAGUGUGCCACCCACUUAUACACUCUUCCUUGCCAGUUUGAGAAAUACUGGAAUAAUCUGAAUGCUCCGUGAAUACUGAGCUAAAUAGAUCUGAUUUGGAGAAAUGUCAACAGCAUAUACCAAGGCAGGAUGGAGGGGAGGUCUGCCGAGAAACAGUCUGAGCAUGCUCUGUUCCCAUAUUAGGGAGGACAAGAAAGGCCAGCAAUGUAGUACACUCUCUGACUGUGUAACAUUUUUGGGGUACUGUAAUGUCAGGCUUUUGUGCAUGUGUGACUGAGUGAAAGUUUGGAUUCUGACCGGAUAAGUGCUCUGUGUGCCUGUGUGUUGGUAUGCAUAUUCAAAUGUUUACAGCCUAGAUGUUGAUGUUCCCUGUCUUUGACUGGCAGUCCUCCCUUUACUUUGCUGAUGUUUACAGCUACUGAGAAGCUACGUGGCAUAUUGUACACAUUACACAUGUACCUCUUUUGGUUUGUCUUUCUUUUUUUAGACGAGCCUGAUUUUUCAUACGGUUGUUUCCUCGUGAAAGCCUCAAGAGUAUGAGUGUCUCAAUGUGUGCCACUUUUUGUGAGUAUGAUUGGUAAGAUGACUGGUAAGCAUAUCUGCCUCACUGUAUUGAGGACCUGGGUUAAAAUCCGGCCUCCCUGUGUGGCGUCUCCAUGUUCUUCCCAUGCCCGCGUGGGUGCUCCGGUUUCCCCCCACAUUCCGAAAACAUGCAUGGUAGGUCAAUUGAAGACUCUAAAUUUUCCGUAGGUGUGAAUGUGAGUGCAAAUGGUUGUUUAUCUAUAUGUGCCCUGCGAUUGGCUGGUGACCAGUUCAGGGUGUACCCCGACUCUCGUCCGAAGUCAGCUGAGACCCAGGUGAAGAUAAGUGAUUCGGAAAUUGGAUGGACGGAUAGAUUCAAAAGGCGCCUUUUGAUCUGUGCUACUGUUCCUGCUAGCAUAGGUCGGGGCAAAGUGGAAAUGUGAGCUACUUGGACCCAAAAAAUUAUUCUGUGGUCCCAUUGUAGAUCUACUUUUAGGGGCUUAUUUAAUUAUUUGUUCAUAUUUAACAAUAUUUGUUUAAUAUUACAAUCAUGUGAGAUGUUACUCACUCUUCAGAAUGCCAAGAGCUGCUUUACGAAGACGACUAAAAAAGAAAAACAUGCAUAAACAAAGCUACUGUAAACAAAUGGUGGAAUAAAUUGUGCUAGAUGACACUGUGGUUUGAUUCAUGUUUACUUUCUUAGUAAAUAUCUUAUUCAUGUACAUGCUGAAUUUUUUACCCCUGCAUUAUAACCAGACAUUGGAUGAUAUGUGACCCAAGUGGAGCGAACACAGAAGUGAAUACAGGGGAUUGCUGAUGGCAGCUUGCCUGACGUAUCAUAGUUUUUAACAUCGUUACUUG